UCCAGUAACAUGUGCGACCCCCAGGAGCUUCAUAUUGCUGUGACCCACCACUUGGACUGUGCACACUCACCAGCACGGCAGUGGUCCAGCGGUCGACCACCCUCCUUGAUUUAUUCCCCGGGAGACGUGCACGAAGCGAGUCACCAUGCCGAAAGUUCUGGUGCCGGAGAUCGAUGACAAGAUGCGGGCCUUUGCCGAGCAGAUCUUUGCAUCUGAGAACAAAGGCGAGGACAUCCGCGAUGAGAUCUCUGUCUUUGACGUGCCCGAGGACUGUCCCAUUCUCCACCAUGAAAUGGCACACCACCUUCAUGUUGAUGAUGAUCUUGAGAAGCGCAAGAAGCGCUUUCACAGCAUGGCCACGCCAAGGGCUGAUACCCACGCACGUGAGGUCCCUGUGAUGUCAGUGGAAGUGGACACACCCAUCUAUUUGGAAGUGCCGGACUUCCAAAGAGUGGCCAUCAUUGGGGACUACGCUUCUGGGGUUACAAUGGACGACUUUGAGCAGUCCUGCAAAGGUCUGUACCGAGCAAUGAGCAUCAGAGAGAAGUACAUGAGGCUGGCCUACCAGCGCUUCCCCCGGACAGCCUCGCAGUACCUUCGUGACAUUGAGGGCGAGGCCUUCAAGGCGGAGGACCAGGUGCAGCCCGUCUUCACACCCCCACCGAAGAAUGGCAAAGACCCGUUUGAUACCGCCGACCUGCCAGAGAAUCUGGGCUACGUCGCACGUAUGAAGGAUGGCGUCAUCUACGUGUACGACGACGUCAAAGCCGCGGACAAACAUCAGCCCAGAGACCUGCCAUGUGCUAGCUACACCACCUUCAUUGACGACAUGAAUUUUCUCAUUGCUCUGAUUGCUCAGGGUCCCACUAAGACUUACAGUCACCGUCGUCUCAAGUUUCUCAUGUCCAAGUUCAACGUGCACGAGAUGUUAAAUGAGAUGCAGGAGAUGAAGGAGCUGAAGAAGAACCCCCACAGGGAUUUCUACAACUGCAGAAAGGUGGACACUCACAUCCACGCCGCUGCCUGUAUGAAUCAGAAGCACCUUCUGCGCUUCAUCAAGAAGUCGUACCGCGUAGACGCCGACCGUGUUGUGCACAAACUUAAAGGCAAAGAGGUCACCAUGAAGGAGCUCUUUGAGUCGCUCAACCUGCAUCCAUAUGACCUCACUGUGGACUCAUUGGACGUGCAUGCUGGCAGACAAACCUUUCAGCGUUUUGACAAGUUCAAUGCCAAGUACAAUCCUGUGGGAGCCAGCGAGCUACGUGACCUCUACCUGAAGACGGAGAAUCACAUCAACGGAGAAUACUUUGCCACCAUCAUUAAGGAGGUAGCCAGCGACCUGGAGGACGCCAAGUACCAAUAUGCUGAGCCUCGUCUGUCCAUCUACGGCUGCACGCCCAACGAGUGGAAUAAGUUGUCCAGCUGGUUUGUCAAGCACAGGGUCUACUCUGCUCACCUCAAGUGGAUGAUUCAAAUUCCCAGGAUCUACGACAUCUUCAGAGGUAGGGACUUUGUCCCGCACUUUGGCAAGAUGUUGGAGAACAUCUUCCUCCCCGUGUUCCACGCCACCAUCGACCCAAGAUCCAACCCCGAGCUCAGCAUCUUCCUCAAGCAUGUGACAGGUUUCGAUAGUGUGGACGACGAGUCCAAGCACAGUGGUCACAUGUUCUCCAGUAAGAGCCCCAAACCAGAGGAAUGGGACAUUGCUAGGAACCCAUCCUACACCUACUACCUUUACUACAUGUAUGCUAACAUCGCCAUGCUCAACCAACUGCGGAGGCAGCGGGGAAUGAACACGUUCAUGUUCAGGCCUCAUUGCGGUGAAGCCGGCGCCAUCACUCAUCUGUUGGCUGCCUUCAUGACAGCUGACAACAUUUCGCAUGGCCUCAACCUCAAGAAGAGUCCAGUACUGCAGUACCUGUACUACCUGACCCAGAUCCCCAUUGCCAUGUCCCCCCUGAGCAACAACAGUCUGUUCCUUGAGUACGCCAAGAACCCCCUGCUGGAGUUCCAAAAGAAAGGCCUGAUGGUUUCCCUCUCCACCGACGACCCCAUGCAGUUCCAUUACACCAAGGAACCUCUGAUGGAGGAGUAUGCCAUUGCGGCGCAGGUUUUCAAGUUGAGCACUUGCGAUAUGUGCGAGAUAUCCAGGAACAGCGUGCUGCAGAGCGCGUUGUCUGACGAGGAGAAAAGUCACUUCUUGGGUCAGAACUACCUGAAAGAGGGCCCGGAAGGGAAUGACAUCCGUAAGACCAACGUGGCUCAGAUCCGUAUGGCGUAUCGCUAUGAGACCAUCUGUUAUGAACUCAACCUCAUCAAGGAGGGUCUGAAGACUGAAUAAAAAUAUGAAAAUAAA